CCCCGUCGCCGCCGACACUCCAGUAACCCGCGCACCCCGGAUGGCGUGCUCCCCUAACAACUCAUCCCAUCCCGUGCUCCCUCCCUCACCGCCAUACACGACCCCGGCGCCUCUUCUCCGCCACGCGUCCAGUUUCUAUCGGUCCGCACGACGACGGCGCGACGGCGCUUGACGCAGCGGAUCCCGCUGAGGUUGCCCCUGGACUUUCUGCUGCGUUACUGCUCGCGCUCGCUCUUCCUCUCCCUCUCCGCCUCUUUUAGUGCUGCGGCCUGCGGCCCAGACAGAGGGCAGGGUGCGCGUCUACUCCAGUGCUUCGCGAUCAUCACCGCCACCGCCACGCGCGCUGCUCGUCCGUCCGCCUCACGCUUCCGUCGCCCGCAGGAAGGGAUUGAAGUGGUGGAGAUGAUGCACGCCAAGUCGGAGUCGGACGUGACGAGCCUGGCGGCGUCGUCGCCGCCGCGGUCGCCGAGGCGGGGGGCCAACAACUACUACGUGCAGAGCCCGUCGCGGGAGUCGCACGACGGCGGGUACAAGUCCUCGUCGAUGCAGGCCACGCCGGUGUACAACAGUCCCAACGAGUCGCCGUCGCACCCCUCCUUCGGCCGCCACUCCCGCUCCUCCUCCGUCAGCCGUUUCUCUGGCAACCUCCGCAAGGGCGGCGCCGGCGCCGGUGCCGGCGGGGAGCGGAAGGGGCUCAACGAGAAGGGCUGGCCCGAGUGCAACGUCAUCGAGGAGGAGGGGCCCUACGAGGACCUCGCCGGCGACAGCGGCCUCUCCCGCCGCUGCCAGAUCAUACUGGGGUUCCUCACCUUCGUCCUGCUCUUCGCCGUCUUCUGCCUCAUCAUCUGGGGCGCCGCAAGGCCGUACGAGCCCGAGGUCAUCGUCAAGAGCUUGGUGAUGGAUGACUUCUAUGCUGGUGAGGGUACAGACCAUAGUGGGGUUCCAACCAAAUUGGUCACGGUGAACUGUUCUCUGCAUAUAGCUGUGUACAACCCUGCUACAAUGUUUGGAAUUCAUGUUACUUCUGGCCCCAUCCAUAUGCUCUAUUCAGAUAUAUCAAUCGGGGUUGGACAGGUUCGCAGGUACUACCAACCGAGGAAGAGCCACCGGGUUGUGACGGCGGUCAUCCGCGGCGAGAAGGUGCCCCUCUACGGCGCAGGUGGCGGGCUAAUGCUGUCGAGCGCGGGCGGGUCGGUGCCGCUGACGCUGGACUUCGACCUGACCUCCCGGGGCUAUGUCAUCGGCAAGCUGGUGCGGGUGACGCACAAGGUGCACGUGACGUGCCCCGUCGUGGUCGAUGCCAAGAAGACGAAGCCGAUCAGGUUCUCCAAGAAGGCCUGCGCCGUGUACAAGGUCUGAAAGCCAGCCUUUUAGGUUGUUCAUAGCCCUGAAUUUGUGAUCAACGAGUCAGCCUGUUCCUGCGAAUGUCUGUAUUUAGUUAUUGUGUUGAUACUGAAGACAAUAAGCACACAUAUGGUUUGUCUGAGCUUCGAUUUUGUCGAUAAA